AUGAGUUACCCGCUCCACCACCUGGAGGACACCCCGAACUGGGAGGUUGGCCUUCGGGUGCACGAGGCCGAGAACCGGUGGCUCAUCCGGGAGUUCGACGCCGUGCUGCGCGCGUACGGCCACUACGCCAGGUCGCUCUCCCCGACGGGACCCUUCGCGGGGGGCGCGUUCGGCGGGGACGGCGCCGGGGUGGUCGACGGCAUCGGCGGCAUGCUCGGCGGGGUGCUCGCGGGUAUGGAGAGCCUGGCCACCGGCGUCGCCGCCGAGGACUCCGAGGACUCCGACGAGCCGCGCGCGCCGCGCGGGUUCAACCAGCCCUCCGAGGCUGCGUUCGCAGCCGCGCUGGAGCGCGUGGGCACGGUCGCCGCCUCCGAGGACGACGAGAUGGCCGCGCCCAUGGCCGCGGCCGUCGGAGCGCCGUUACUGGGCCCCAUAGCCGACGCCCUGCGCGCGGUGGGCACCUGCCGCGAGUCCCUCGGCAGGCGGGUACGGGACGUUUCCCUCAACCCCCUGCGCCAGUUCAUCGACGAGGAUCUCCGAGAGGUGUCCCAACUCCGCGACCACUACGACCACAAGAAGGCGGCGUGCGAGCGCGCGAGGGAGCACUACCUCUCGCGAACCACCGAGUUGGCGCGGGGUAAGGCCCAAGACGAGCUCACCGCCGCCAAGGAGAACCUGGAGGCGGCGAGGGCGCGGCUGGCGCUCGCGGCGUGUAACGUGGAGGGCCGGCGGCGGUACGUGCUCCUGGAGUCGGCGCGGGAGACGAUGCAGGCGCUUCACAGGUUCUUCGCGGACGCCGCACUGGUGACGGCGUCGCUGGAGGGUAACCUUCGGGAGAUCGAGGAGUACGCCAUGGCGUCGAGGGCGCAGGCGGAGAUGCGAAUGCUGCAGGCGAGCCGGAGGAUGGAGGCGACGUUCGGCGUCACCGACCGGGCUGAGGCGUCCGCGUCACCAAGCGGUGACUCACCGGGCGGUGACUCACCGGGCGGUGACUCACCGGGCGCCGACGACGACGAGAUGGAGGUGUCGUCGUCGUCGAGUUCGCACCAGUUUUCGCGAAAGAUCGCGGACGGAUGGGAGAAGGACGCCCCGAAGGGCGCGUGGGGUCCCCGCGCGUGGAAACCCAAAAACGAGCGAGAGGUGGCGUCCAGCGCGGGUGUCUCGCCCUCUCCCUCUGCGCAGAACCUGCGAGCGGGGAUGAGCCAGGGCCGAUCCGCGGACGUCGUGAUUCGUAAGUCUCUGCUCGAGGGCGCGACGGACGGCGGGCGGCUCGGUUCUCGCGCGAUCCGGCGCGGGUUCCUGAUGCAGAGAAACGCCAAUCACAGGUUCAGCGGUUGGACGCGGCGUUACUUUGUGCUCGACAGCCUCGGGCAACUCGUGGCGCACACGCCCAUCGAACCGAGGUGGAAACGGCCGGGCGGUAAGAAGAACGAGUCGGGCGCCGAUGAGGGCGGCGACGACGGAGCUGGCGAGGGCGGUCACCACGGGUUGGUGGGCACCGCGGUGAAGGGAAUCGCCGGGGGCAUCGGAGCAGUGUGGCACGCGGUGAGACAAAACGCCGCGCCCGAGCCCGAGACGUCCAACGCCCAAUCUCCCGCCGAGGCCGUCGUCAACCUACGCCUGUCCUGCGUGAAACCCGGCGCGGACGAGGGCGAUAAGAGCGUCGCGGGACGUCCGCACUGUUUCAGGAUCAUAUCCCCGUCGCACACGCUGUUGAUGCAGGCCGAGUCGGAGGAGGAGAUGAACGCGUGGCUAAGGGACUUGCAGGGGGUCAUAGCGGAGCUCAUAUCCAUGAACACACCGGGCGACACGCCGCAGAACACGCCCGGCGGCAGACGAGGCGGCGACGCGGAUAACGGCGAGCCCGGGACCUCAGCCGGGUCCUCAUCCGCGACGGGGAUCGACGCGAGGACGGAGCUGGCGUCGGUGGCUGGCAACGAUCGAUGCGCGGAUUGCGGCGAGCCGCACCCGGAUUGGGCGUCGCUCAACCUCUGCGUCGUGAUAUGCCAGAGGUGCGCGGGGAUACACCGGCACCUCGGCGCGCACGUCUCCAAGGUCAGAUCGUUGGCGUUGGACAGGGACGCGUGGACGUCGCCCGUGCUGGAGCUGUUCAAAUCCGUCGGCAACGACGUGGCAAACGGGGUGUACGAAGCCGCGAGGAGGCGCGUGUCGAAGAAGAAGACGACGGAGAAGAAGAAGGACGGGGAUGAGGACGAGGAGGAUGACGACGACGACGCCUGGCUCGAGUCGGGCUCCGAGUCUGGGGAUGUGACGUCGUCGUUUCCACCGCCCGUCGCCGCGGGGUGCGACGCCGUCGAGGACGCGCUCGACGCCAUCAGGGCCAAGUACGUCGAUCGCGCACACGUCGACCGCGAGGAGCCUUUACACGAGCCCGGGUGCAUGGCCACCUCCGCGGGGGCGCUCGACGUUCCCGCGGUGCUCCGCGGCCUGGCGUGCGUCGGGCCCGGUGCCAACGCGGAGAAGGGCGAGGCGCUGGUCGCGGCGGCGCGACGGGGCGAGGCGGGGGCGGCGGUGGUCGGGUUGUUGCUCGCCAACGGCGCGAGAGUGGACGGCGGGGGCGAGGGCGUCGCGGAGGGCGAGGUGCUCCCGGUGGUGCUCGCCGCGCUCAAGGCGGGGUGUGACAUCGAGGGGCCGGUCAUGGGUCUGCUGAGGAACGCCGCGGGGGUGCAAGGGACGCUGUUCAACGUCCCGCCCUCCUGGUAA